GUGAUUGUUCGUUCUGCUGCCGCCGUCGUUUCUGAGCGGAGGGCCGGCCCAAAACGUUGGACCGUCCGUUGCGUGGGAUACAAAUCUAUCACCACACAAUCUCCCUCGUUCGUAACCGCUCAGCUUUCCACGUUUCCCUAUUUCUCUUGAGUUAUUCAGCCUCCUAGUCUGUGUGAGGAAAGAGAAAUAGUAACAACGGCGGUUGGUCGGAAGACGAAUUGCCAAAACCGUGGAACAGAAGAUUACUACCGACACCAUCCAGGUAGAAAAACGACAGGAAGAAGGCCAGGUUUGAUCCGACGCGCGCGCUAUUCGAAAAACCAAUACUCCCGGUAGAAAUCGGGGAUUCGCUUUUCGAGCAGACGGCGGUUUAUCAACAACGUCUUUGGGGGAAACUCAGAUACGUCUGACCGUUUCUCCAUCCCAGCCUCCCGUUCAGGAACGUACGGCGACAAUAAGAAAAACAUAAAAGAGCUUUUUCGUAAAAAGUGACCGAUUGUCACCCACGAAGAUCUCCGUCCAAGGACCCAGCGGUAACUUGAUGCAACGCUGCGUGGGCCCGAGCACAAGUGAUAUUCUUACCUAAUAAUUAAUCCGUAGCUAUACACGCGUUUAUACCGAUAGAGCUUAAAAGCGUUCAAGUCGGCCCGUUACAAUCGAUAUCCGUCGCAGCUGCCGUGUUUGGUAAUCCUGUGACGUGAAUUGUGUUCAAAAGGCUUUUCUGCUUUUACGGUCCAAUAAUUACCUGUAAUUAUAAAAUUCAAUCGAACUACAAGAAGUACGGAUGCGUGAUUCGUUUGACUAAAGCGAACUUUUUCGAAAGCAAAACGAAGAAGAUAAAGGGAGAGGCAGUAGUGUCGCGAGUGUAAAACGGUGCGUGUGUGAAAACGGCACAAUAUGAGAGUGACAGCCGCCAUCAGGCAGCAUCCUCUUCAUCCGCAAGUGGCUCGUACCAACAAUGGAAAGUUCCUGGUCAAUCCGAACAAUAAUCAGGACAUCGGUCAACAGCCGACGAGCGAUGAGACGAACUCAGUGCCACCAGUUGUCUUCCCUAGUUACGAACCUCUGCCCACAGAUCAUCAUGGACCCACCAUACUCGGCGAUCGGUAUUUACUUCUUGGGCCGACCGAGGGUAGCGCUCUGUACCGAUGCGUCGACGUACACACCAGCCAGCAUCUCGUCGCAAAGGCGUUAACCGUGGGCGACAAAGGUUGCGAGGCACUACUACAGGCUCACCUUCGAUUAGAAGGUACCGGAGCGACGAGCGGCGUCGCGGGCGUGGUGGAAGCACCUGGAGGUCGACGCUAUCUCCUGCUAGAGGGCCACCACGGUGACCUGCACGCCUACGUAAGGGCACGCAGGAGACUGAGGGAACCGGAGGCGAGGCGGCUCUUCCGGCAGGCGGCCAGGGCCGUAGCUACCUGUCACGAAUACGGGGUUGUGCUCAGAGACCUGAAGCUCAGAAAAUUUGUUUUCGCCGAUGAAGCAAGAACACGACUUCGUCUGGAGAGCCUAGAGGACGCGGUGAUUGUCGAGGGGGACGACGACAAGCUGACUGACCGACGGGGCUGUCCAGCGUAUGUGGCGCCAGAAGUUCUGCGCUCGGGGCGAGCUUAUUCCGGCAAAGCGGCCGACAUCUGGUCGCUUGGCGUGCUUCUUUACACGAUGCUGGUCGGCCGUUACCCGUUCAAUGACGCUGAGCACGCGUCCCUAUUCGCCAAGAUCUCGCGUGGACAAUUCGCUGUUCCAGAAGGCCUUAGCCCUCGCGCUCGAUGUCUGAUUCGCUCGCUGCUGAGAAAGGAACCGUCCGAAAGGCCGUACGCGGAGGACGUGCCGAGGCACCCGUGGCUCGCAAAGCCGUUACGAGUCUGCACCGCGUCAAACAGAUCCUCGUGUCAGGAUCAGAUCGUACCAGAGCUACCUAACAAUCCUCAAGACUGACUCUUCCAGGAGAAGAAGAUAUAUUCUGCGCGCGUUGGA